AUGAUGGACCAAAAUCAUCAUUCGGAUAAGACAGCAGAGGCACAACCUUCUGAGAAAAAGAAAACUAGAAACUGCUGCAAUGGAUUCAAGAUGUUCUUGGCAGCCCUGUCACUCAGCUUUAUUUCUAAGUCACUGGGUGCAAUCAUUAUGAAAAGUUCCAUCACUCAAAUAGAAAGGAGAUUUGACAUAUCAUCUUCUACUGUUGGCCUAAUUGACGGAAGCUUUGAAAUUGGAAAUUUGCUUGUGAUUGUAUUUGUGAGUUACUUUGGAGCCAAAUUACACAGACCGAAGCUAAUUGGAAUUGGUUGCAUUAUUAUGGGAACUGGAAGUAUUUUGACUGCCUUACCGCAUUUCUUCAUGGGAUAUUACAGGUAUUCUAAAGAUACCACUUUUAAUCCAUCAGAGAAUUCAACAUCAAGUUUUCCAACUUGUUUGAUUAACCAAACUUUGUUAGCCAAUAGAACACCACUGGAGGUAGUGGAAAAAGGUUGGGAAAAGGAUUCUGGAUCAUAUAUGUGGAUAUAUGUUCUAAUGGGUAAUAUGCUUCGUGGAAUUGGGGAAACCCCUAUUGGACCCUUGGGGAUUUCUUACAUCGAUGAUUUUGCUGAAGAAGGACAUUCUUCUUUGUAUUUAGGUAAUUUGCUUGCAGUAACAAUGAUUGGUCCAAUCAUUGGCUUUUUACUGGUAUCUCAGUUUUCUAAAAUGUAUGUGGAUAUUGGAUACGUGGAUCUGAGCACUGUCAGAAUAACUCCCCAGGACUCUCGUUGGGUUGGUGCUUGGUGGCUUGGCUUCCUUGUGGCUGGACUAAUAUCCAUUAUUUCUUCCAUACCAUUCUUUUUCUUGCCCAAAACUUUGGAUAAACCAAAUAAAGAAAAAAAAGCUUCAGCAUCCUCAAUAUCUUUGCCUAUGCAAAAUGAAGAAAAGAGUCAAAUGGCUAGUUUGACCAAGACUGGGCAAAAUGUUACUGACACUGUAACUGGUUUCUUCCAGUCCUUGAAAAGCAUCCUUACCAAUCCCCUGUAUGUUUUAACAUUAUUUUUGACACUGCUACAAGCCAGCAGCCAUAUUGGUUCUGUUACUUACAUUUUCAAAUACGUAGAGCAGCAGUAUGGCAAGUCAGCAUCUGAGACGAGCAUUUUGCUUGGAUUCAUAACCAUACCAUCUUUGGCAGCUGGAAUGUUUACAGGAGGAUUUAUUGUUAAAAAGUUCAAAUUUACCUUGGUUGGAAUUGCCAAAUUUGCACUUUGUGCCCAUUUGAUGUCCUUCCUAUUUCAUCUAUCAAACUUUGCACUAAUCUGUGAAAACAAAUCAGUUGCUGGACUAACCCUGACCUAUGAUGGAAAUACUCCAGUGGCAUCACAUCUAAAUGUACCACUUUCUUAUUGUAACUCAGACUGCAAUUGUGAUCCAAGUCAAUGGGAACCACUCUGUGGGAGCAAUGGAAUAACUUACAUAUCACCUUGUUUAGCAGGAUGUACGUCUUCAAGUGGCAGCAAAAAGUCUAUUGUGUUUCAUAACUGUAGUUGUGUGGAAGAAAAUGGUUUCCAGAGCAAAAAUAACUCGAUGAAGUUGGGUGAAUGUCCGAAAAGUGAUGACUGUAAGAGAAAAUUUUAUAUUUACACAGUAGCACAAAUACUUAUCCUUUUUUCUGCUGCACUGGGAAGCACCUCAACUAUCAUGCUGAUUUUUAAAAAUGUUGAACCUGAACUGAAAUCACUUGCCAUGGGUUUCCAUUCACUAACUAUUCGAACACUAGGAGGAAUUCCAGCUCCUAUAUAUUUUGGGGCUCUGAUUGACAGAGCUUGUAUGAAGUGGUCCAUCAACAACCAUGGGAAGCAAGGGGCUUGCAGGAUAUAUAAUUCCUCGUUAUAUGGACAUACUUUCUUUGGCUUGACUACAGGCUUAAAAUUCCCAGCCCUUAUUUUAUUCGUUGUAUUGAUUUCUGCUAUGAAGAAAAAAUACCAAGGGAAAGAUAUUAAGGCAUCAGAAAAUGAAACAAAAGCCAUGAAUGAAGCAAACUCAGGACCAUUAAUUAAUGAUGCCAAAGUGGACCAUGAAACACAUAUUUAG